CUCUCAGUAUACAGAAAGGAAAGGAUGGUGAGAAAAGUUCCAUUCCCACUCAGAAGAAGCUAUGGUAUGACCAAGGAUUUACUGCAUGUUGCAGCAGCUUCACCCCCACCCCUCUUCCCAAACUUUUCUGCACUACAGCAGAACCCAGGAAAGAAAGUCCCUGUCAUUCAUUCACUUUUACACACAUUCAAACACACCCACCUCCUCUUUCACUCCGACACACAAACACACAGAUAACGCACAUUGAUUCUCAUGUAACAUUCAGUCGAUUAUCUCUGAUAACAGCCUCUGCAGGAAUACAAUAUCAAUUCCAGACUUUUUUUUUGUCCCCUGACUUGGAUAACACCUUUUUGUGUAUUUUAGGGAGUAUUUUUCCCCUGACGACCGCCAAGAAGUCACCUGGAUUGGGAGGAUAAUAAUGAUUCACUUGUCUGCAUUGAUAAGAGGAAAGAAGAGUUGGAAUUGAUGAUUGUGGAGUGGAAUUUAAGAAAGGGAUUUGUGAAGAGAAGAACUGCGAGGAAGAGCAGGUGAUCGAAGAGGAAGAGUAUGGGCCGCUCUUCUUUGUGGAUAUUUCUACUGUCCUUUUCUCUUACCCAUCAAAGCAUCACAGCACAAGCUGAAGCAUGCAGGACGGUGGUGCAGGCAGACAUAGUGUUUCUGGUGGAUGAGUCAUGGAGUGUAGGCCCGACCAGCUUCUCCAGUGUCAAAGACUUCAUCUCAACCAUCGUCUCCUCCUUCCAGGACAUUGGGGUGGGAACUGAGGGGGUCCGCUUUGGAGUUACUGUCUUUGGGGAUUUCCCAAGGAUGCAGAUUGCUUUGACAGACUACAGCUCACUGGAGGAGUUACUCAGAGCCAUCAAAGACCUCCCCUAUGAGGGUGGAUCCAGGAGGAUUGGAGAUGCCCUCCAGUUUCUGGUUGACCCCGUGUUUAGCCCUGUCAUCAGGCGAGACCAUGCCCCAAAGAUUGCUGUAAUGAUCACAAACGGACGUUCAGACGACCAGGUCGAUGCCGCAGCUAGAGCUGUAGCUGAUAAUGGGAUUUCUCUCUUUGCAGUAGGUAUUAGGGGAGCUGAUGAGUCAGAGCUGAGGAGGAUUGUGUCAGAGCCACAUGAGGAGCACCUAUUACUUGGCACUGACUACUCUCUCCUUGAAACCAUCCUUCCCAAACUGUCCCGCAGAGUGUGUUUUACUGCCUCUGAACCACCACUUCCUGUGAAAACUACCCUGCCUGUUGAAGAGCGUGUGGUGGGUCCCAGAGACCUGCAAGUAAGCGAGUUGGCCCACAGUUCCCUCAGACUGACAUGGAGCCAGGCCACAGGUGAUGUCACAGGAUAUCGUCUCCUGGUCCACCCUCUCAGCUCCAGUGGACACCAACAGCAGAGACAGGUUGAUCUGAAGGCAGAUGUGAGCACAACAGUGGUGACAGAGCUGAGUCCUAAAACAGAAUAUUCCCUCACUGUCUACGCCAUCUACCCCAGCCUCAUAGGAGACUCAGCAACAAUCACCAUCCAGACAACCCCUUUGCCUCAGGUGUCAAACUUCCGUGUUAUUGAGGAAGGCCUGUUCUCUCUGCGCCUGGGCUGGACGCCUCAUCUAGGGAGGCUCAACGGAUUUAUGAUCUACAUCCCAAGAUCCAACCGACCUGGAUUUGCUUAUGAGAAGAUGCUUCCUGGAGACACCUCUUCUCAUGUGAUUGACAGCCUGGAGGAGGAUAAGAAGUAUACUGUCAGUAUUUAUGCUGUUUACCCCCAGGGACCAAGUGAAAAAGUUUCAAUAGUGGGCAAGACAUUAAAGCUGGUACAAGUUCAGAAGUUCCUGGUCCAAAACGCCACCACAGAUACUGUCCAGGCAAGAUGGACAUCAGUUAAGGGUGCCACAGGAUACCGUCUGACAUGGGAAUCCCCAGACGGCCACAUAGAGAACGUUAACCUCGGGGACAACUUUAACUUCUACAUGAUCCAGGGCCUCCACUCAGCCUCUGAGUACAAGGUCACCAUCAACCCCAUCUUUGGAGACAUUGAGGGGCCGGUCACCACCACCAAAGUCAAGACAUUGGAAAGCAGUGCAGUACAAACCUUAAAGGUGUCUGCUGUGAGCACCAGUACUGCUGAUGUCGCAUGGAACAGUGUCCCAGGAGCCACAGGUUACAGACUGGCCUGGGGACCAACUCCAGAGUUUGUUGGUCGGGACCGUCCCAGGCAGGUGGCUCUGAACGGCAGCACCACAGAGUACCAGCUGAGGAAUGCAGCCCAUGAUACUGAGUAUGUCCUGUCUCUCUAUGUGCUGUUUGGAUCUGUGGUGGGGCCUGGUAUCAGUGCUACCUUCAGAACUUCUCCGUUAGGGUAUGUGUCCAACUUCAAGGUGUCAUCCUACACCAGCACCUCCGUAGUUGUGGAGUGGAGUCCCAUUGUUGGAGCUACUGAGUACAAACUGUCUUGGAACACAGGUGAUAGCAACCCUCAGUCCCAUUACCUGGGCCGCAGUGUUCUCUUCCAUCGUAUCAAAGACCUGAAUCCAAAGUCCACCUACACAAUCACCAUCUGUGCAGUGUACGGCAACUCAGAGGGACCAGAAAUCUCCUUAUCUCAGCUCACAGCUGCUGUUUCAGACUCACAGCUAUUCCAGGCAGUGAGGGAGGUAAAGGUUGUGGACAUUGGAGUCAACUCCUUCACUCUGUCCUGGGGGAAAACACCAGGGGCAUCUGGGUACAAAAUCUCCUGGAUCCCCUUCCUGGGGGGUGAUGAAAUGUCCCACGUGGUAUCUGCUGCUUCCACCACUUUUACCAUCCACAAGCUGCAGGAGAGCUCAGCUUAUAAGAUCCAGGUUUCCUCCAUGGUGGGCAAUAGGGAGGGAAGCCCAGUCCUGCUCACUGCACGCACCUUGGAUCUUCCAAAAGUGAAUGACUUUGCUGCUCUGAACACUUCAGAGAGCAGCACUGUUCUGAACUGGACACGUGUGGCUGGCGUUUCUGGAUACCGUCUCUCCUGGAGGCACAUCUCAGUGUUGGAGACGAAAACAGAGACGCUGGGCCCUGGUUUCAACUCCUUUAUGAUCAGUAAUUUGCUGUAUGGAAGAACCUAUAUUUUUACCAUCCGACCAUUGUAUGGAGAAGUGGAGGGCCCUAUAAGCACUAUUUAUCAGAGAAUAUUGGGACAGGAUGGCCUGGGGGUGACAGUCCAGUCUGUGGCAGCCACAGUCGCCCCUCAUAUCACGACUGCCUCCAUCACAGACACUACCGUCACUCACACAUCCUCCAGGACCACCCGGCACCCCAUCGCUGUGCCACAACCUAAAUCCAUAACCACCAAGAAGACAGGUCAGCCAAGUGUCACUGAAGCCAAAGCAGCUGAAGCCACCUUCCUUCGAUUAACCACACUUAGUGCAGAGACAACAGCUGCACCAAGACCAGUGUGUGGUAAGACCAAAGCAGACAUAGUAUUUUUAGUGGAUGAGUCCUCCAGCAUCGGGGCAAACAACUUUAUCAAGAUGAAAGACUUCAUAUUCCGAGUGGCAACUUACUUCCCUAUCAUUGGUCCUCAGGGCACACAGAUAGCCGUAGUUCAUUACAGUGAUGAGCCUCGAAUUGAAUUCCGUCUAAGAGACUUCAAAGACAGAAACUCUGUGCUCAGGGCGCUCAGAGCCCUGCGUUAUGGAGGGGGCAACACCAAAACAGGAAAAGGCAUCAGCUACGUUCUACAGGAACUGUUCCAGGAGUCUCUGGGGAUGAGGCAGGAUGUGGCCCAUGUUCUGGUUCUGAUUACAGAUGGCAGGGCCCAGGAUAAUGUGGUGCCACCCUCUAGAAUUGCACGUGCUCUGGGUGUCAGUGUCCUGGCAGUUGGAGUUUCCAAUGCAGACAUUGAGGAGCUGAAUAAGAUAGCAGCACCCACCAGCUACAAAAAUAUCUUCUACUCACCAACCUUUGAUGACUUCCCUUCCAUAGAGAGAGAAUUUAUUAAUAUCAUCUGUAGUGAAGAACUCCUCUCCGAGUUCAAACUAAAUUCUGAGUCAGCUCAGUUGGACACCCCGACUGAAGACCCAGAGGAGCUGCUUAAGCCUCAGGGUCCCUGCUCCUCCCAGUGUGUGAAGGGCCAGAAAGGGGAAAAGGGAGAUGGUUCUGGUCUCGGAGGUCUGAGAUUUAGGCAAAUCCCUGGACAGUAUGAUCCUUUCACUCCUUCCAAAGGAGAGAAGGGAGAAAGGGGGCCUCCUGCAACAGAUGGUGUACCUGGGUUGCCAGGACGACCAGGGAGAAGUGGACCCCCAGGUUCUGCCGGCCAACGGGGCCCGCAAGGCAUACCAGGUGAUAUGGGUCCACCUGGAAGCACUGGUCCAAAGGGACAGAGGGGAGAAAGAGGAGAGCCUGGAUAUGUUAUAGCUGGCACAGACGCAAAUUUUGUUCCUGGACGAAAAGGAGAGCCAGGAUCUUCAGGUCCCCAGGGCUCUCCUGGUGUAUCAGGGGUCAAUGGCGCUCCAGGCCUACCUGGCCAGCCAGGACCACCAGGGUCACCAGGAAUAUCUGUCAAGGGAGAUCCUGGGGAGGUGGGAGCAAAAGGUUUACGUGGGAAGCAGGGUGUGAAAGGAGACAAAGGAGAGUCGGGAAAAGAUGGUUUUGCAGGUUUGCCUGGUCCCGUUGGCAUUGAUGGGGUGCCAGGGUUACCAGGUCAGAAAGGAGAGCAGGGUAAAGAAGGAAUUGGCAUACAAGGUAUUCAAGGUCCUCGUGGAGAGCCUGGAGAGAAGGGAAAUAUUGGCUUAACGGGACCAGUUGGCCCAAAGGGUGACCGUGGAGAGCAGGGCAUCCAAGGACUCAUCGGACCACGGGGAAAGAAGGGACUCAAAGGGGAGCAGGGGGACAAGGGAGAAGGAGGAGAGAUGGGACCAUUAGGACCACAAGGACCCACGGGGCUGACGGGGCCAUUGGGGUUAAAAGGAGAUGAGGGUCCAAGAGGAGCCCCUGGAGAUCCUGCCAAGGGUAUAAUUGGCCCAACUGGAAAAAAGGGUGCCAGGGGAGACAUUGGUCCUGUCGGCCCCACAGGCCCCCAGGGAAUAAAGGGUGAACAAGGAAACAAAGGAGAGAAGGGCAGUCCUGGUUUUGGGAUUCCAGGACAGCGGGGACCAAAGGGAGAAAAUGGCGAGAGGGGAAAUGUUGGUUUGUCUGGAAAACCUGGACCAAAAGGGCACGAUGGCUCCAAAGGUGACAAAGGGGCAGCUGGGUUAUUCGGCAAUCCUGGAGAACCAGGAUUAAGAGGUAAAGAUGGUGCAUCGGGAACUAAAGGAGACCAAGGAUCUAAGGGUGAACUAGGAGCACCUGGAGAGCCUGGUGAAAGAGGAAUUAGGGGUCCACUGGGGUUACCAGGGCGACCAGGGGACCCAGGAGAUAAAGGAGAUACUGGGAUGCCCGGCCCGCUUGGGACUGAUGGAAAGAAAGGCGACAAAGGGGAGCAGGGAAAACCUGGACCUCCGGGAGAACAAAUUGUUGUAGACAACAACAUACUGACCAGAGUGAUUAAGGGUGAACCAGGAGAGCCUGGUGAGCCUGGUUUGAGAGGAGAAACAGGUGUGCCUGGGCCGAGAGGUCCAGAGGGGAAACCUGGAUUACCAGCACCAUCUCUGGAUGGUUCUGAAAGAGAUGGACCAGGGAAACCAGGAAUAAAGGGUGACCAGGGACAGAAAGGAGAGCCUGGUCUGAGGGGACAUAAAGGAGACCAAGGACGGUCUGGGAUAGCUGGAAUGCCUGGUUUACCGGGAACUCCAGGACGACCUGGAAUUGAUGGGAAGAGGGGCCAGCCAGGAAAAGAUGGAGAAAUUGGGCUGAAAGGAGAUGACGGCAAAAAGGGGGACAAGGGAGACGGGGGUGCAAAUGGUAAAGAUGGUAGUAAAGGGGAACCAGGACCUCCAGGUUUGCCUGGUAGGCAAGUGCUUGUCACAUCCGAGGGUGCCACCAUUGAUGAAAUCCGAGAAGCAUUUCCAAUCCCGAUGGGUCCCCCAGGAGCUACUGGUUCACCGGGAACAAAGGGAGAUAAAGGAGAAAGAGGCCUUAAAGGAGACACGGGUGAUGCUGGAGCUCCUGGAAAAUCUGUUGAGAUGAAGGACAUUGAAGUGAUGUUUGAAGCCUACGGCAUAAGGCUGCCUUUGCUGAAGGCUUUGAUUGACCGGCUGCUGCAGGACGGAAUAGAGGAGCUGCUUCAUGUGCUCAGCACCUCCAAGAAAAUGAAAGAAAACACAGAAACUCACACCUCCAACGUCAUCACUGAGUACACAAGUUCAGUGAAGUUUGACCUCACCAGCCAGCCGCUGAAAGAGUCGGACACCAUCCAGGGCCCUGAUUUAGAUGGACAGCUUUCUAAAGAGUCUCUGACCAUUGAUCCUUUAAAUGAAACAGCAGAGGGUCCCACUGUAUGGAGCUUCACCACGCUGAACGGAGAGCAGGAGCUCGACCGAACUGAGACACAGUUGAAGGGCUCCAGUGGGAAGCAGAGAGUAUAUCAGCACAGUGACGGAGUAUCUGCACUCAAAAUGAAUCGGACUGUAGUCAAUUCUACUUUUAAUUAUAAUACGACCCAGGAGACGGUUUCAGAAACUGUGGCGGUUCUCCUCACUCAGGAAGACUCCCUGAAGAAGAACUCGGGACAAAAGAAGAAGAAGGGCAAAGGAAAUAAAGGACGACAUAAGAGGCAGAGACAACGCCUGACAAGUGAGGAGGACACGCAAGAAGAAGAGGAAGAGGAUUUUUAUAACGGCGAAGAAUACGGUUAUGAAUACGAGGAAAAAGUUUCCUCAGAUUACCCUGCGACCUCUCAGGAGAGGAAAGACAACAGACAGCUUGAAGUUCAAACAGAUGCAAUUCCCCAUCCAGUGGAUAAAAAGGAGGAACAACCCACACACAGUCCUGCCCAGUUAGAAACGUUGACGGGAACCUCCAGUUAUCCUCUAACAUCCUCCACAAACAGACAAAUAGAUGCACAGGAUGAAGUUUCACUUCCUACACCUCCCAUCACAACAGAUGAACCAGACAAGGAUGUCUCUUAAGUCCCAAGAGACUGUGACUAUAGAGUGUUAAGCAUUCAUAAGAUAGCACACACUACAUGGAGCGUGUGAAUAAACUGUGAACUGUUUUGCUGAUGAGGAGCCCUGAACCUGAGGAAGGACUUCUUUCCACACAGAGACGAAGUCACUGACCCAAAGCUAUGGCCAAAGUUCAUAUCUUGUAUGAUGGCUUUUAUUUCAAGUAGCACUCUAUAGAAAAUCAGGCACUGCUGUUAAAUUAUCAGAAUUUUUUUCUCAUGUCCGGGUUAUUUUCAUUCUUCACUUUGUUUAAAGUAAACCACAGUGUAGCCUUUACCUCAUCUACAACUACUAAUUUAUUUAUUAAGACAAAUCUGUAACAAAUAAAUAUCACAUCAGAUAAAACACAAAAACCUUGUGCCAACAAUUUUAAUAAAUUUACUUUUGACAAGUUGUAUUGAAAUUUUAUUUAUUGUUUUUAUUAUUGUGUUUUUACUUCACCGAACACCUUUGAACGCCAAUGAUAUUACUCAGAAUGUAGUGGCAUAUAAGCAUAUCUGUAGCCAGAACAAACCAAUUUUUCACUGGUGAAAAUGUUCUGUUAUUAUGUUGUUUUGUCUGUUUAACCUCUGUGCAUGUAUCCUUCAGUAAAAAAAUUUCAAAUAAC